CCCCCGUCAUGGCCGCCGCAUACUCUGCAAGUGCUCCGGGUACCCUCCCUCCAACCAUGUCGAGUUCGAACGCUCCUCCAGGCACCUUCGCCCCGGGCACCAAGGUCCAGGUCGGCUCACACCGCGUCGUUAUCGAAAAGUACUUCUCCGAGGGAGGCUUCGCUCACGUCUACACCGUCCGCGUACCACCGAAAGAUGCUUCCGCCAAACCCACCAUCGCCGUGCUCAAAAGAGUCGCCGUACCAGACAAGGAUGCCCUGGCCAACAUGCGUACCGAGGUCGAGACGAUGAAGAAGCUCCAAGGCCACAAGCACAUUGUCACAUACAUCGACAGCCAUGCCAGUCAGCUGAAAGGAGGUGGCUAUGAGGUCUUCUUGCUCAUGGAGUUUUGCUCCGGCGGUGGUCUGAUUGACUUUAUGAACACGCGCCUGCAGCACCGCUUGACCGAGCCCGAGAUCCUCAACAUCUUCGGCGACGUCAGCGAGGGUGUUGCGACCAUGCACUACCUCAAGCCGCCGCUCUUGCACAGAGACUUGAAGGUCGAGAACGUGCUCAUCACAAAUUCGUCAAAAGGUGCUAUCUACAAGCUUUGCGAUUUCGGUAGUACCGCUCCUCCGCGACCUGCUGCUACCAAUGCCCAGGAAGGCAGGAUGAUCGAGGAAGACAUUCAACGUCAUACCACCAUGCAGUAUCGCAGUCCCGAAAUGGUCGAUGUCUGGCGCCGGCAGCCCAUCGAUGAAAAGAGCGACAUUUGGGCGCUGGGCGUCUUGUUGUACAAGCUGUGCUACUACACUACUCCUUUCGAGGAGGUUGGCCAGAUGGCCAUCUUGAAUGCCUCGUUCAAGUACCCGCACUACCCUGCCUUUUCGUCUCGCCUCAAGGCCUUGAUUGAUCCUCGUCUGAGACCCAACAUAUACCAAGUCGUCAGCGAAGUUUGCAGUAUGCGCGGCACACCAGUCCCCAUCAAAGAUAUCUAUGCACACCGAACACAGUCCGAAGCUGGGCGCAAUCAAAAGCUUCCUGAUCUCACACCUGUAGCCUCGCCACCUCCAGCAGGCAUCAGUCAUGCAUCGCCUAUCAAACAGAAACAGUUUAUCCCCGAAAUUGCUCCCAUGAGACGUGGCAGACCGACCGCUGCACCCCAACCGCAGGCUGCAGCAGUAUCCUCUGCUAAGCACUCGGAUCCUUUCGCCGCUCUCGACUCUGCCUCGAAUACCAUUCGAUCCCGUGCUGUAGAUGAGCUCUCAGCCAAGUUCNCCUCGCUGGACGAAUUCUCCAUCGCACAUGAGUCAGGCGGCUUCAACUUCAGCUCGUCUAAGCCGCAGAGAAACGAUCCCGUCACAAGCGCGUUAGCAGAUGAAGUUUUCGCUCGUCCUGCCUCAGCGAGAGACACGCCUCCUCCGAAAACCGGGUCUGCACCACCUCAGACCCUGAACAAGCCUGGCACAAAACCCGAACCGAGCGUGAAAGCCCAAGUACCUCCCAAACCCAAGACGCUGCUGCAUCAGCCAGCCCCUCAGAGGCCGGGUUACUCUUCCACUGGUACCAUGACAUCUCCCUCCGAAGCGCAACCCACACAGCCAGCCCUACCAAAGAUGCCAGAUGUGAGCAAGCGACCAAUCUGGCGUGUGCCCGAUCACUCGAGAUCCUCGAGCCAACCUCGUGCCUCCCCUCUGGCUCAAAUAGAAGCCGACAGACUUCAGCCCAGUGCACCUCCUGCGCAACGACCUGUGUUGCUAGACACUCACCGAUCAAAGUCGCAGACUGCCACGAUGACAAUUGCGAAACAGACAACUUCCUCGAGACCAUCGUUGGAAGGUCAUAGACCCUCGUUCGGAUACGAGGACGGCAUCAGCAGAGCAAGAUCUGCCAAUUCGAGGCCACGACCUGUUAGUGCUGCGUAUGUGGAUUCGAAUCUUGAUUACCUGCGAGAACAGGAGGCAGAAAGAAAGAGACCAUCACUCGAGAUCAGAAGAUCGAGUCGAUCGAUCAGAAGCACCGAAAUCAAUUUCGACGAUGCAAACAUUGAGAGCGACGCCGACUAUCUCCGAAACCUGGAGAAUAACGAUGGGUUGAGUCGUAGGAGCAGCGGCAAGAGUGCUGCUCACAACAAGCGCUCCAGUAUGUCUUCGUUCAGCCUCAGUGGAACCAAAAAUAUGCUACAGGGCAGAUUUGGUGAUGCUUUCAAAAGAUUUGAGCAGACAGGUGGGGAGGUGAAGACUCAAAAGAGCGGAAGAGCGUCUGAAACGGGAUUCAGAACUCCGAGCCCAAACCCACAGAUGCAGACAGAAGGCAAUUUGCUGAGCCCAAUCUCAGGCUCUGAGACCAAUGAGACACCACGACGUCCCGAAGUCUCCAACACUGAUAUUGGCGACCUGAUCGAGACAGAGGACUUGCCGCCGGAGAUGCGCAGAGAAAUGGAGAGACUACAGCUUGCACAGGAAGAGAAGCGUGUCGCAGCGGCAGCGGCCGAGCACAGAAGUCGUGGAGGCGCACCUCCUGUACCCUCGAAAGCAAACAUGAUUCAACAGCGCGUUCAAUCGUUGUUGGACGAUGGGCAGAGGUCUCCCGUACGCAAGAGGCAAGCAGAGGGCUAUGGACGUUAUACCGAAAGGACAGAGGCUGCGGAGCCCGAGCAAAAAGCACCACCCACAGCUCAACCAGUCAUCAAAAGACAAGCACCGCCUGUCGCCAGAAAGCCAGCUACACCUGUACCUGCAGCUGCUGCCGGACCUGGAGAAGUGGAUAUGAAUCUGAGAUACCACAAGGUCAGACAGUCUCAGUCAUUCCCAAUUCCAGCAGACACAUAUCCCUUGGAACAUUCGGUCUCAGCACCAGCGCAACGCACAGGAGCACCAAGGCCGAACACACCUGCCAAACCAGCAGCGCUCAAGACAGGGNGAUCGGCCGUGUCGCAAGGUCGACCGCCAUCGUCGGGAACAACAAAGCCAGCUUACAGUCAGCCUUCGGGAGCAACUCGUGGUUCCAGCCUUGCAGCGCUGAUUGCACGCGACAAUGAAGGGGUCGCAGGGGUCGGCGCUGGCAUCAAUAUUGGUAUGGAGCAAGGGAUGCGACAGGAGUCUGACUUUGCCAAUCAAGCGGACUUCGAUGACUGGCAAGCCGACUUUAGCAAACGAUACCCCAGUCUGAGCGGCAUUGAAAUGGUGGAAAGGGAGAUAGCGGCGACUGGUGGAAGCAGAGAUGGCGGACGACGUGGGAUGAGAGUCAGAGAUGUA